GCUUAUAGAGUAAGGUAAGUGGAUGUUCCAAUUUGUGAGUAGCAUUGUUGCUGCAAUGGAGUUUGCAAGAGUCAUUUUAUCUGGGAUCUUGGUUUCAUUGCUUCAGAGUGUGGGAGCAGCUGCCCAGGUGAAGGACUUACCACCUUGCAAUUUCAAAGCAAUUUACAACUUUGGUGAUUCCAAUUCAGAUACCGGGGCUAUAUCAGCAGCGAUUUUCCCAAGGCAAUGGCCAAAUGGUGAAACUUUCUUCCAUAAGCCGGCUGGAAGAGUUUGUGAUGGGCGCCUGAUGAUAGAUUUCAUUGCUGAGCGCCUUGGAUUGCCAUUCUUGAGUGCAUACCUGGAUGCAAUAGGAUCAGACUUCCGGCAGGGUGCCAAUUUUGCUUCAGGAGGAUCAACCAUUGUUCCACAAAACAAAACCAUAGCUGAAAGUGGACUAAGUCCAUUUGCUCUUAAUGUUCAGGUUUUUCAGUAUGACCAAUUCAAGGCACGCACUACUGAUCUCUACAAAGAUAAAAGAUAUUCUUGUAGAAGCCAUCUUCCAAGACCUGAGGACUUCCCAGAGGCUCUUUAUGUAUUUGAUAUUGGGCAAAAUGACAUUGCUUAUGGCCUCCGGACGGUUGGUGAUGCACAAAUUCUAGCAUCAAUUCCAAACAUAAUAAGCCAACUGGCAAUAGCAGUCGAGCAUCUGUAUACACAAGGGACAAGGACAUUUUGGAUACACAACACAGGUCCUAUUGGUUGCUUGCCAUCAACCUUGCUCGGCAUCAAGAAUCCUCCUCCAGGCUUUCUUGACAAGCAUGGCUGUGUCAAAAGCCAAAAUGACAUCGCAAAAGAGUUCAACAGGGAGCUCAAGAAUAGAGUGAUCAAGCUCAGGGCAGAUCUCCCACAAGCUGCAAUAACAUAUGUGGAUAUCUAUGCUGCAAAAUAUGGACUUAUCAGCAAUUCAAAACAGCAAGGAUUUGUUGAUGCACAAAAGAUUUGUUGUGGGUAUCAUAAGAAUGGCAUUGACGUGGGAUGUGGAGGAGUAUUACCCCUACCAAAUGGUACUCAAAUAUUUGGAGCUGCAUGCAAAGACCCUUCCUUAUAUAUCAGCUGGGAUGGUGUGCACUACACUGAGGCAGCCAAUCGUUGGAUUGCGAGUCGUUUAAUCAAUGGUUCACUGUCAGAUCCCCCUGUUCCUAUCACCCAUGCUUGUUACAGAACUUCAUGAAACCAUGAUCUGCUAACCACAUCUCUAUGCAUCAUGAUCAUGGUACUAGCAAAAGAGACAAAGUGAUGAUAGUACUAUGAUAUUGUGGAAUAACUGUGGUUAUAUAAAUUUUUU